ACGACGCGCGAGUUUGAUUUAGAUGAAAAAAGAAGAUCGCGCGUAAACGACGUUGCUCACGCGCUCUGUUUUUGAAUUUGGAAUUUUAAAUCUGUGGUUGCGGUUUUGACAGUUGUAUUUUUUUAUUUGUUAAUAGCAACACUGGAAUUAUAUUCAGCCAUGUAUACGUGUUCUUAGUAUCUUUGCGUUAACCGGUGCGUGAAUAGACACACGACAGUUUUCUAGAUAUCGUCGCGUUGCAAAAAGUUGGUGACAGUGGACAUUGUUGAAUAGCAUUAUUUAAAUGAAGUGCCUGUAGUGACUUGGAUAUUGGAUUUUAUUCAAUUUUACCGGUUUGAGGGUAAGUACAAUAUGGCGCGUUUCAGCCUGCUUAUAGUAGUGUGUCAAGUUCUGACACUCCCCAUUUUGGGGGGGAGGAGUGACGAUGAGAAUCCCUUCUUGGAUCUUGCGACGUCGUUUCUCCAAAAUAUGGGGGACAAUGGGAAUGGAAAUGGGAACGGACUGGCAGCGCUUGGGAGCAUAGUGGGGAAUUUGAUGCAGGGGGACAACGCAAAGAACUUGGGAGCCAUGUUUGGAGGCGGGAAAAGUGGGAAUAAUGCUGGUGACGUUUUAUCAGGACUCGGCAGUCUAUUCGGGGGUCAGGACGGCAAAAUCGACCCAGCUCUAGUAGGCUCUAUGAUAUCAAUGUUCGCCCAACAGAUGGGCAACAGCGAAGAACCCAAGGCGACCAGACAAAAACGGCAGAACAAGGACGAAGACUUCAAUCUAGAAGGAAUGCUCAGCUUGGCCUCAGGGUUAUUAGGCAGCCAGAACGGAGGAGGAGGAGCUGGUAUUAUGCCCAUCAUCAUGAGCACUCUAAAUUCCUUCUCGGAGCCAGAAACGAAGAAACGGGCUGAGGAGCACAAAGACCAUGCGUCUUUCCUACCGCCUUUCGUGGAAAAGGCGCAUUUGUACUGGGACCUCUUCAUCAAUUCGGAGCUGGGCAAGUCUCUAUGGGAGAAGUCUGGGAUGAAGAGAGCCAUGAAGGCGUUCACUGGUCCUGAUGGCAAGAUCAGCUUCGAAGUGAUGUUCAAGAACUUUGAGAACCACUCGUUCAGGAGACACUGGAUCAAGGCUGCAGCGAAGUACCUGACGGAUACUGUCAUGCAGAUGGCUAAACCUGAGGUUUAUCAGAGAUACCUCGGCUCCGGGCAGUACAUCCUCAACAGUUUUCUGGACGCCCAAGGCCUCCCCAAGAACAUUCACUUCGACAUGACAAGACCAGAGACGUCUCUGACCAAACUCAUCAACUACGGGCUGAAGAAAUAUAUGGACAUGGACACGGACGUGUCGGGAUAUGUGAAGUCCGCGAUGGAAUAUAUGAGGCAAACCCUCAAAAUGGCGGAGACAACCACAAAGAACAUCGCUUCCCGCGGCGACUACAACGCGCUCGCUGACCGCAUAACUGACACCCUCAACUUGGAAGUCAUAGAACCGGUGCUGAGGGUCUACCGGGCGUACAAGCACUCGGUGCAAGCGCCGCAUUGCCAGGAGCAUCUCAUGUGCUUGGUUAACAGGCACCAUGAUAAGGAGAAACGAGAUCUCCCAGGAUUCAAGGCUGGUCUGACCAAGCUGAGCAGUCUGGCCGCGUCUGCUGCCCUGAGCUUCCAGAACGGAAAAGGUUUCUGGGACCUGUACAACGCUAUACAGAAUGACGUCAACUGCGAGGCCGCAUACCCUGCAGACUGUUCUGCCUUCCACGAACACGAACUAAAAGUUACUACAGAAGUAUACCAUAGUGAAUUAUAAAAAAACAUUAGCUAGUUUUUCACCGUUCUUAAUAAAAUUUAAGUAAACCACAAUAAUAAUGUUAUUUGUAUAAAUCAAAGCAUUUAUUUUAGUUUUAGGUUCCUAUCUGUCUAAAAUAAUUACAUUAUUAAUAUAAUUUUACAUAAUUAUUAUAAUAAAAAGUUUAAGAAGUACACGUCCACUGGGUGUUGAUUGCUGCAUAAAUGAAAAUAUAAUUUAUAAUUAAACUUAUUUAUUUUAGUUACCUAUACUAUAUUUGUUUAAAAGUUUAUUUAGCAAUAAAUUAAAAAUGUUUAGGGUCUAUUUUAAUUGUAAAAUACAAAAAAGUAUAGCACUUAUUUUGAAUUGAAUUGAAAGUAUUCUUAGAUUUUAUGAAGCGUCACAAUAUAUUUUUCAUCUUAUAUUGUACUUAGUAAAUAAAAAUAUGGAUUUUUUUAAAUGCGAGAAUAAUAUUUUGUGACCAAUAGGUACGUGUAGUUUAGAUAAUUUUAAAAUAAUGAAUGAGUUAGUUUUGCUGGAUAUUGGUGCUAAAUGACUUAUUGCAAAUAUGCAAUAUAUUUUUUGAAUCUUAACUUCUACACUUCCUAACAAUUACUAAUUAAAAAUAAUAUUUUAGUUUCAACUAACUUUGUCAAUAAAAGAUGGCGGUCGCGAUUGUGACACGAUACUAAAAAAUUAGUAAUUUAAUUUAGUUCAAUUGGUGUUAGACUUUACACAUAAAAUUCUUAACUAAUACUUUUUUAACUAAAACAUGUCUAACUUCUAUUUCACUCGCUUACUUUUUAUAUUCUCAUCAAAAAUGUCUCAAAAAUAAUGGAAUAUAACAUUCUUUCAUUUUUCAAUUAUUAUUCUUCCUCCAUAAAAUUAUUUGGUUGUGAACCUAUGUAAAUAUUUAUUAAAAAUCCGUCCUAUCUUAUAAUUACUGUAAUAAGUGUAUAAUUUAAUUAUUAAAUAAAAGAUUUGACAUUA